UAUUUUUUUUGAUUUUCAGCUUCCCAAAAAGUUGACUCCACAUUUCUUGGGGAGGAGGUUUGGCAUAAAUUCAUUUAAGAAAAUUGCCUCCAUUUUAAAGAUGAGGAAACUGAGGCUCAGAAAAGGGCUGUGGUGAGAGGGAAGGAGAUGGAAGAGGAGGAAGAAGUUGGAAAAGCAGAAAGCAUCUGUCUCUGCAAGGGGACGGUCCUCUCCGGUUCCAGCAGCCAGUGUGCCUGAGGUGACCAGCUCCGCUGCACGACCUGGCUGCACCCGCGCACCGGGGAGCCCGUCAACUCCGGCCACAUGAUCCGCUCAGACCUGCCCCGCGGCUGGGAGGAAGGCUUCACAGAGGAGGGCGCCAGCUACUUCAUCGACCAUAACCAGCAGACCACAGCGUUCAGGCAUCCUGUGAGUGGGCAGUUUUCUCCAGAAAAUAGUGAAUUUAUUCUUCAAGAAGAGCCAAAUCCACAUAUGUCAAAGCAAGAGAGAAACCAAAGACCGUCCAGCAUGGUCAGUGAAACAUCAACGGCUGGGACCACGUCCACCGUGGAGGCCAAGCCUGGCCCCAAGAUCUUAAAGUCCAGCAAUAAAGUGCACAGCUUUGGGAAGAGGGACCAGGCCAUUCGGAGGAACCCCAAUGUUCCAGUGGUGGUGAGGGGCUGGCUGCACAAGCAGGACAGUUCUGGGAUGAGGCUAUGGAAAAGGAGGUGGUUUGUGCUUGCUGAUUAUUGCUUAUUUUACUAUAAAGACAGCCGAGAAGAAGUGGUCCUUGGGAGCAUCCCUCUGCCCAGCUACGUGAUUUCGCCGGUGACCCCUGAGGACCGCAUCAGUCGCAAGUAUUCCUUUAAGGCUGUGCACACGGGCAUGCGAGCGCUCAUCUAUAACAGCUCCGCUGGGGGCUCUCAGGCCGAGCAGUCGGGCAUGAGGACCUACUACUUCAGCGCCGACACCCAGGAGGACAUGAACGCUUGGGUCAGGGCUAUGAACCAGGCUGCACAGGUGCUGUCUCGGUCAUCACUGAAGAGGGACGUGGAUAAAGUGGAGCGGCAGGCGGUCCCCCAGGCCAAUCACGCAGAGUCCUGUCGGGAGUGUGGCCGCGUGGGACCCGGGCACACGAGGGAUUGUCCGCAUCGCAGCCAUGAGGAGUCCUUCGGAUUCGAGAGGCGGGAGCAGGAGGAAGAUCGGUACCGCCCCCAGAGGGACCCACUGGAGGGCAAGCGGGACAGAAGCAAGUCCAGGUCUCCAUACUCGCCAGCUGAGGAAGAUGCCUUGUUCGUGGAUUUACCCAGUGGCCCGAGGGGCCAGCAGGCUCAGCCCCAGCGGGUGGAGAAGAACGGUGUGCUGCCUGCCACAUAUGGCCCGGGAGAGCAGAACGGGACUGGCGGGUACCAGCGAGCCUUUCCUCCCAGGACCAAUGCUGAAAAGCACAGUCAGAGGAAGAGCAGCCUGGCCCAGGUGGAGCAGUGGGCAAAGGCCCAGAAGGGGGACAGCAGGAGCCUGCCCUUGGACCAGACCCUUCCUCGCCAGGGUCCCAGCCAGCCCCUGUCCUUCCCAGAAAACUACCAGACUCUUCCCAAGAGCACCCGACACCCCUCAGGGAGCUCUUCGCCCCCUCCUCGAAAUCUGCCGAGUGACUAUAAGUACGCGCAGGACAGAGCCAGCCACCUGAAGAUGUCGAGCGAGGAGCGCCGGGCACACCGCGAUGGCACCGUGUGGCAGCUCUACGAGUGGCAGCAGCGCCAGCAGUUCCGCCACGGCAGCCCCACGGCACCCAUCGGUGCCGGCUCCCCGGAGUUCACUGACCAGGGCCGCAGCAGGAGCAUGUUAGAGGUGCCCCGCUCCAUCUCUGUGCCUCCAUCUCCCUCGGACAUCCCUCCCCCGGGACCCCCGAGGGUCUUCCCACCCCGGCGGCCACACACGCCAGCAGAGAGGGUCACUGUGAAGCCACCGGACCAGAGGAGGAGUGUGGACAUCUCGCUGGGGGGUUCUCCCAGGAAGGCAUGGGGCCACACCACCAAGAACUCCUCUCACAUGGACCGACGCUCCAUGCCCUCCAUGGGUUACAUGACCCACACUGUCAGCGCUCCCAGUUUACAUGGAAAAUCGCUGGAGGAGCUCUCACUGCUUCUCACCCGGUUACGGCGGCACCAGGCCAAGCUGGCCAGUGUGCGAAAUUUCGCCAUCGGCCAGUUGCUGCAGCACCAGCUGACCUUCCCCACCUGCCAGGCUGACGAUACCUACCUCCAGCUGAAGAAAGACCUGGAGUACCUGGACCUAAAGAUGACAGGCCGGGAUCUUCUCAAGGACCGAAGUCUGAAGCCGGUGAAGAUUGCCGAGAGUGACAUUGACGUCAAACUGAGUGUCUUCUGUGAACAAGACAGGAUCCUGCAGGACUUAGAAGACAAGAUACGAGCCCUCAAGGAGAACAAAGAUCAGCUAGAAUCCGUGCUGGAGGUCUUGCACAGACAGAUGGAACAGUACCGAGACCAGCCCCAGCACCUGGAGAAGAUUGCCUACCAGCAGAGGCUGCUGCAGGAGGACCUUGUCCACAUCCGGGCAGAGCUCUCCAGAGAGUCCACAGAGAUGGAAAACGCCUGGAAUGAAUACCUGAAGCUGGAGAGAGAUGUGGAGCAGCUGAAACAGACGCUGCAGGAGCAACACAGAAGAGCCUUUUUCUUCCAGGAGAAAUCGCAGAUACAGAAGGAUCUCUGGAGGAUUGAAGAUGUCAUUGCAGGCCUGAGUGCAAAUAAAGAGAACUUUAGAAUCCUGGUGGAAUCGGUCAAAAAUCCGGAGAGAAAAACGGUGCCUUUGCUUCCUCACCUGCCUGUGCCUUCACUCUCGACUUCUGAGAGCAAGCCGCCCGCGCAGCCCAGCCCUCCCACCAGCCCAGUGCGGACCCCUCUGGAGGUUCGACUGUUCCCCCAGCUGCAAACCUACGUGCCGUACCGACCUCACCCGCCCCAGCUGAGGAAGGUGACGUCCCCCCUGCACUCACCAACCAAGACGAAGCCCAAAGUUGAUGACGAGGCUCCUCCCAGGCCCCCACUGCCUGAGCUCUACAGCCCGGAGGACCAGCCCCCAGCCGUGCCCCCUCUGCCGAGGGAGGCCACCAUCAUCCGGCACACUUCAGUGAGGGGCCUCAAGCGGCAGUCAGACGAGAGGAAGCGAGACCGGGAGCAGGGGCAGUGUGUGAACGGGGACUCGAGGGUGGAGCUGCGGUCAUAUGUCAGUGAGCCUGAGCUGGCGACCUUCAGUGGGGACAUGGCCCCGCCCUCCCUGGGACUCGUGGGCCCCGAGAGCAGGUACCAGACGCUGCCAGGCAGAGGGCUCUCAGGGUCCACGUCGAGGCUCCAGCAGUCGUCCACCAUUGCUCCCUACGUCACACUCCGGAGGGGCCUAGAUGCCGAAAGCAGCAAGGUGACCUACCCUAGACCCAAGAGUGCCUUGGAGCGCCUGUACUCAGGGGACCACCAGCGGGGCAAGAUGAGUGCGGAGGAGCAGCUCGAGCGCAUGAAGAGGCACCAGAAGGCACUGGUCCGGGAGCGCAAGAGGACGCUGAGCCAAGGAGAGAGGGCGGGGCUGCCCUCGUCCCGCUACCUCAGCCACCCGCUCCCCGGAGACCUCGGCUCAUGGAAGCGCGAGCAGGACUUUGACCUGCAGCUGCUGGAACGGGCCGUACAAGGGGAAAGAAAGGACCAAGAGGAGAAUGGCUGGCUGAAGGUGCAGGCCAUGCCUGUCACUGAGUUGGACCUGGAACCACAAGACUAUGACUUGGACAUCAGCAGAGAGCUCUCCAAACCAGAGAAGGUCUCCAUCCCUGAGCGUUAUGUGGAGCUGGAUCCUGAAGAGCCACCCAGCCUGGAGGAGCUGCAGGCACGGUACCGCAAAGCUGAGAAGAUCCGCAACAUCCUCGCCCGGUCCAGCAUGUGCAACCUGCAGCCGCCCUCUGGGCAGGACUGGAGCAGCGUGGCCGACGUGGACACGCAGCUGCAGGAGCAGGAGCGCAUCAUCACCAUCUCCUACGCCCUGGCCUCCGAGGCCUCCCAGCGCAGCAAGCAGGUGGCAGCGCAGCAGCUGGCCCUCCUCCCGCCUAAAGCCCCCCUGUCCGCCAGGACGGUGCCACCCUACCCCCCCUUAAGCAACGGACUCCACUACACCUUUGUCUAACACCUUCCAACCCAGGCAGUGACUGACCCGUGACCCAACAUGCAGAGAAGUCUGGAGCCAGGGGCCAGUGGAACCAGUUUCCUCUGAGAAGAUUGAUCCUUCUUCCUCCAGAGAAGCCCCUUCCAGCUAAGCAGGGGUUCCGGCUGGAGGAUGGAGCAGCCCACUGACUGUGGGGCAUUCACCACAGGGCUAGGUCCUAAUACCCCCGCUUGUUUUAGUUCAGACUCCUUUUUACAUGUGACAGAGGCACUUUUGAUACACAUUGUAAAAUACUGACAUUGUAUUUUAGAAUCAGAAUAUAUUUUAUAAUGUUCACCUCAAGGGCUGAGUGGCUGAGAAGGUGAGGAUGCAAGAUUUUGGAGCUGCACAUACAGAUUCAGGUACCGUCCGGGUGGUGGGUGUGGGUGGGGGGACAAGGGCGGGGGAACAGGUGCAUUCAACGUCUGAUGAACUCAGGUGAGGUUGGAUUGGUUGCUUCCAGUGGAUUCCAGUGUUAGGCUCGUUGGCGUGCUGUCUGGGGCAGAGAUCAGCCAUCCCUGACCUGCCUAAUGACCAGCUCUGGAGGGUGAAACUCCACCAAGGUGGCACAUGGAGCCCAAGGCUGUGUCUCAGCCUUGGGUCUGAUUUAGGGCCAAUGGUGUAUCCAUAAACUUUGGUUCCCAACCUACCCAUGAGGUUCUCUCUCAGCAAAGGGCUCUUCUCCCCCCGCCCCCCACCCCAAAUAAGCAGUUCGCUUUAAUUAAAAAAAUAUGCUUUGAAAUACAGAAAAGGUAAGAGGAAGCACCUUUGAUUGUAUCAUAAGCAAUAAUGGUCACCCUGGGUGGCCUACAACUCCCCAAGUCCACACUGGGCUGUGAUAGGAACCCUGGGACCUUGGCGGCCUGCCCUGGAGAACACAGGUCAACUUCCUGAGGACUUGGGUCAGGUGGCAGGAGGGCAGGCGGCAUGCCCCCACCAUCCCUGAUGGCCAGCAGCCAGUAGGGCCAUGAUGGCAGGACCGUGACCUGACUUCCAGCCUAAAAUGGGGAGGGGACUGCCAAGCCAGGCGUAGUGUUUGUGGCCCUUUAUAUAAGUCAUGAGCUCAUAAUAUUCUGCAUACAGAAAAGGAGGUUGAAAAGGAAAACAAAAAACAAAAAACUCCAUUGGGUGGAGCCACACUUUAAAUGAAAAUUUGUCUUUGACUAUGGUCAGAAAAAUAAUCUUGAAUAUAUUUAGAAGUUGCUGUCUAUUUUUAACUAACUCCAUAUGCUGCCAGUAUCGACUUCAUGACAUUUGCCAAAAUAAGAUUUUAUUUUUGCCUUUAUAAGAUUUUGUUGGAAAAAUGAAAUGAAUAUUUUGCAAGAAAAAGUUAAUUUAAAUAAAAGUGUAAUGGUUUGCAAAAAAGAAAUGUGAUGUACAGAUUAAAGUAUUAACCUGA